CCUAGACGUCAAAGGGCAAUCGCAAAGAUAUGCGUGUAGCAUAAUUGAACAGAUCGUUUCUUCGAUGAGGUUCGCCGAUUUUGCUGUCGAUUUGGCAGCUGUGCUCGGCGCAUCGCGCUCUGUCGCAUCCAGACAUGUUGCACUGAGAGGCCGACAGCUCGAGAGCUUCACCAAAGCUUCCAGCUUGACACGCAAAUCCCCGACAGCACCUGAGCACACACGAGACGACGCCGCAACAGAAGCGCCAGCUCCUUCUGAGGCCCCAGAAGCUCAGACACCAAAUGAAAAUGAGACGCCGCCGUCAAAUGAGAGCUCAACAUCUCAAGCUGGUCAUCCCUCACUCACACCAUCAAGCAACUUCCAGCCCAACCUCAACAGUACAUCUCGUAUCUCACCAAGCUCAGGGUCGGUUCUCUCUGAACUGAGACAAUCCAACCCCUCGGCUUUCCCCUUUCAAGGCACAUCACCAUUGGAUCAAAGGCCCGAGGACAACACCAUUCCUGCAGGGUCUUCGGCAAGCAGGCCGGCGGCUCCGUACGGGGCCCAUGUCUCUGAAGAGGCGGACGACCUCCCUCAAGGUGUCAACGUCAACAUCUUCCACAGCACCCGUGCCGCUAAGUUGCUGGGUAAAGAGGGAGAACAGCCAAAGGUUGACUUCGGUCCCCGGAAGAAGCUCCCGCCAACGAAGCUCCCCGAGUUCGUUGAUUUCUCAAAGUUGUCCAAGGAUGCCGAGAUAAAGAAGUCGGCUACCCCCGAGAGUGCUUCAAGCACUUCCCAGACCGCUCCUCAAUCCGAGGUUGUCACGAGUGAAGCACCGAUACCUGCAGAGCCUGCGUCUGCUACCGCUGCUCCUACCGGUCCGGCACCAAAAGAUGAACCUCCCGUCGAAGCUAUUUUGGGCGCUGCCGUUGACCAAACAUCAACCCCAGCAUACGCUCUCAGGGAAUCCAGCGUACCGGCCACACGUCUGAGCAGACUUUGGAACUAUGGCGGUCUGGCAGCAGGAAUGAUGGGUGGUGCCAUCACCGAGAGCAUCGGCAGAGCAUUUGGCGGCGGAGGUGAGGGUUCAGUGUUGCUCAGUGCCGGCAAUAUGGAAAGACUUGUCGCAAAGCUAUCCAGAAUGCGCGGCGCUGCUCUGAAGAUGGGUCAGAUGAUGAGCUUCCAGGACACAAAGAUGCUCCCGGGACCGAUCCAGGAGGUUCUGCAGAGAGUGCAGGACCGUGCCGAUUACAUGCCGGCAUGGCAGAGAGAUAAGGUCCUCAAGGCCAACCUGGGCGCGGAAUGGCGCGAGCUGUUUGAGGACUUUGAGGAGAAGCCCAUUGCUGCUGCAUCCAUUGGACAAGUCCACCGCGCCACUUUAAAGGAGGGCGGUCGCAAGGUCGCGGUCAAGAUUCAGUUCCCUGGAGUUGCAGACUCGAUCAAUUCUGACCUCGACAACCUCGGCAUUCUCUUAACCGCCACUAAGCUCCUGCCGAAGGGUCUGUACCUGAACAAGACCAUUGACAACGCCCGACUUGAGCUGGGUUGGGAAUGUGACUACGAGAGAGAAGCGCAGUGCCUGAUCCGUUACAAGGAGCUCUUGGCCGAUGAACCAGACACUUUCGUCGUGCCCGACGUUCAUCUGCAGGCCUGCGGAAAGAACGUUCUAACCAUGGACUGGAUGGAGGGCGUGGGCGUCACCAGGGUCAAGUCCUUCACCCAGGAACAAAAGGACUGGAUCGGUACCCAGAUCCUCCGCCUCUGUCUCAGAGAGAUCACCGAGUUCAAAUUUAUGCAGACUGACCCUAACUGGACAAACUUCCUCUACAACGCCGAGACCAACAGGCUCGAGCUUCUCGACUUUGGUGCUUCCCGGGAGUACCCCGACGAGUUUGUCACUGAGUACGUUCAGCUUCUCGCCGCAGCCUCGAGAACCGACCGAGAGGGAGUCAAGACGCUGUCGGAGAGUCUCGGAUACCUUACCGGCCACGAGAGCAAGCUCAUGGUGGAUGCACACGUCAAAUCGGUGCUCACCCUCGCGGAGCCCUUCCUCGGCUCCGCACCCGAAGUCUACGAUUUCCAAGACCAGACCAUCACAGAGCGCGUCAAGGCUCUUAUCCCCGUUAUGCUCCGCGAGAGACUUGCGCCGCCGCCCGAGGAGACUUAUAGUCUGCACCGCAAGCUGAGUGGUGCGUUCUUGCUUUGCGCGAAGCUCGGUAGCAAAGUUAGAUGCCGCGAGAUGUUUGAGGAGAGCCUAAAGAAGAACGGGUACAAUGCUUAAAAGGGGCAUACGAAGAAUU